AUGUCAUUAUCUUAAAGAAUUACUGUGACAUAAAAGGGAAGGGAACUUUAGGAAUAACUUAGAGAAUAAAACAGGCUACCCUAAAAACCAGCUUUAGUCAAAGAUAGUUAAGAUAGUUUAGCUCAUUUUUUUGAUAAAGAACUUAAAGCCCAAGAUUAACUUAAUAGUUAUGCUUCAUUAAUACAAAAUAGAUUGAAGUCUCCAGAAUAAAUCAUAGAAUUUCUUGAAACCAAAUUUUAGAAACAACCUUUAUUUGUUUAAAAGGAGAUGUAAAAAGUUGGAUAAAGAAUAUAUCACUACGGAAAUAGAGAUAUUCAAUCCUAAGCAGUGUUGCCUUAGUUAGAUUUCAAGUAAAAGUAAUAUAUGAAAAACAAAUAUGCAAAUUACAGCGAAAAUAUCUCAUCCAGAUAAUCAAGACAUAAAUUUGAAGAAGGAUUAACUAAAAAAGUGAAUUUCAUGUUAUUUUAGGAAGGAAAGAUCGAGAGAAUGAUUACUAAGUAUGAAAAAUUCAAUGAAAAAGCUAAAUUAAUCCCUUAAUAUAAAAAGGAUGAUAAAAAAGGAGAAGAUUUUAUGAAGUAAUUGCUAUAAAGAAUGGAUGCUGGCCAAGAAACUAGAGUUGAAUCUCUUUAAGAAAUAAGAUAGUAACAUUAAGCAGAAUUAAGUUUACUGGAGUAUCAAAAUUUGUAGAAAGAAAGAUUAAGAUAAACGAUGUCAGAUUUGCAUAAAUCAAAAUAUGGUAGAUAUUGGAAUAAAUUAAAAUUGUCACCCAAAACAGAUAAAUGA